AUGGACCUCUCCAAGCUAGCGCAGCCCAUCCCCAAACAGGAUGCGCCACCCGGCCCUUUUGAGGCCGACGGCCUGGCCCAAUUGGCGCGCAAAUUGGACUCCGUGCCGCUGCCGUCGCCAUCCGCCGUUCCUGUCAACGGCCCCGGCGGCGAGGCGCCUUCCACAAGGCCAGAAUACAGAACGAUGUCCGACGCCGCGCGUGCAGCCAUGUACCCGGCUGCCGGCGGUGUGAACCCGAAAUCGAAGGCCGUUGCGCCGGUGAAGAAGGCGCCAGGGAAGCUUAUUGGCAAACUCCCUUCCGCCCUGGCCCAGGCUGCGCGUGCGACGCUCGCCGGCCGUGCCGAAAGCCUCAGCAUGAGUGCCUCCCUCCUCACGGCGUCGGCGCUGCUGGCGCCAAUUCCGGACAAGCUGUACGAUGACGACAUUCCCUCGCCUCCAGUGUCUGGUCGCACGAACUCCAACGGGGGCCGCAGCGCCAAACCUGAUGUCGCUGCCGACGCCGCGGCCCGCCGCAAGGCCGAGGCGCACGCUCCGCCGCCAACCUCGCCGAUGAAAACGCGAGGUUCCACGCGCAAUACCCGCCAGUCGAGGCGUGCAGAGUCCAAAUCUUCGCGUUCCUCGCGUACCGCUGCCAGGCAGCCGUCACCGGUCACGACUGUCGAGAACUGGGCCCAAUGUGAAAAAUGUAAAAAAUGGCGAAGGUUGCCGCUCUCAGUGGAUACCGAGAAGCUGCCCGACUUUUGGGUCUGUUCGUUGAACGUUUGGGACCCCGCUCACAAUUCGUGCUCGGUGCCUGAAGAGACCUUCCCCGAUCUCAAGCACCACUCCCAACCCGCGACCACCCCCAAGGCGAAGGUGCAUGCCUCCACGGGCAAGAAGGUCACGCUCCCAGUUCGCCCCGUCGAACCAAGGCCCACAUCCAGGGGGUUCAAUGACCGCCUCAUGGACCAUGAGGUGCUGGAGCUGCUGUUCGAAAAGAGGAGCGACCACCCGUUGCACAAGCGGCUGACAGUCCACUCACUGGGCGCAAACAGCCUGCUAGCGACGGAGCUGCCGCACAACGUGCUCCUUAUUGACGAGUUGCCGACGGCGGCCGCCCUCAGCGUCGCCAACGACACGUCACGGCCGCCCAGCAAACUGCUCCAUCCCGCGGAGGAACUUGUCAAGGACGACAACGUCCCGCGCGAUGACGGCACGGUCUCCAUCGGCUUGGCCAGGAAGACCGAGUGGCCCACAGGGGACAACGACGCGUCGACCAUCGACACCGUGGAGGAAAUCGACCCUGGUGCGGAGCCGCCUCGGUCGCUGUUGGCCGCGAUGUUCCCGAAGCUGGCUCUGCAGGUGCCCAAAUUUGGCAAAUUCCCGCCAGUUAAACGCGAAGAGCUGAUCAGAUUCGAGAAGUCGUACAAUCCUGACGAACAUAGGCCGGCCACGUCCACCUCCAGAUCGUCUGGACGUGCACCGCCUGCUGUUGCCAAUGCUGAAGUCAAAACGCCGAACGUUGUCAGAUCCGGCAGAAGGUCGGUUAGUGUAAUGAAUGCAGCUAUUAAAACGCCUGGCGCCAGCCCCAUCGAUGGCAAGACGCCAGUUACGAAAGCGACCAGUGCAACGGCGUCAACCGGUAAGUCGCCGCGCGCCGCUCAUUCCGGAACGAAGAGCGCAAGCGCGUCUGCCUCCAGAGCCUCGAACGCAGUCGCUUCCGAGGCGGCAAGUGCCGAACACAAGGGAGCAGCCCUCUCAUCCGUGAGCCGUGAGGACUUCAGAGGCCUACUGUCUGUGUUCGUUAACCGUAAGAACAAGCAGCCGAACGGGGUUGCCCGCAAGCACUGCCUGCUGGAGGAUAAACUGCGCGCGAGCACACUGCCUGUGGAAUCGUUCCUGCAGCCGCUGUCGCUGCUCGCAAUGCCGAUCGUCUACCCAACACCUGAGGCCCCGGCCGAACCCGCGGUGAAGCGUAGCACCCGCUACAGCGUCCGUUCCGCCGCGAUGCAGGCGUCUGGCGUUGCGACCUCAGCGCCGCCGGAGCCCGCGCCAGUGGAGACCAAACGCGAAUCCAAGCGACGCAUGACCACACGCUCUUCGCGGGUUACCGUGCCGCAGAGUGACCGGCAGUUGCGCAGACUACGUGAAGAAUACGUGCGUAACAGCACCGGGAAAUCGUAUGUGAAGAAGGCGAAGCCGUCGCCGCCGGAGCCCGAAGUGCCCGCCCCGGCCACCAGACGACCGGUCAGGCGUUCGACGAGCCGCUAUGCGCGAGGAGCAGCGACUCCAGUCGCUAAGCCGCCGGAACCGGAGCCUGUUGCGACCCAACCCACCCUAAGCAAGAAGGAGAGGAUGCUGAUGAUGGAAUUGUCAAUCCCUAUCGAGCACACCGCACCUGUUGAACGGCGUGCGGCCUCACGCGGCAGAAGCCACCGCCCUAUGUCGUCUUUCGGUGUCGACGCGUCCAAAGCAAUGGAGAUGCUGACGCAGCCGAUAGACUUUGUGCCCGAUGUCAAAAAGGCCCCCGGGGCCGCGUCUACAACGGGCAGUGUCCCCGGAGUCCAACCGCGGAUGUGCACGCUCGACGCUCCCGCUAUGCCGGCGCUCAAUCUCCAGCUAUUGUCUGAGCCGAUCCCGGAGUUCAAGCCGGAGCCUGUCGAGAUCAAUGUCGAUGUAUACAAGAACCCUAGGUUGCUCACGGAGGUGUAG